AUGGCGCCUCCAUCUGCCAAUGAUGAAGACUUUACUCCCACUCCAUCGAUUCCAUCGAAAUCCCGCACCAUCCCCGAGAUCAAGAAAAGCCUUGGUGGAUUGACCCAAAGUGCAUCAUAUCCAACGCCUUUAGUAUAUUCGGGUACACUUGAUCACUAUGAGUCCUUUGAUCUGACAUCAAUCAUUGGAAGAGAGUUCCCAAACCUCCAGAUCACUGAUAUUCUGAGCGACGAUGCCAAGAUUCGAGAUCUUGCUAUCCUGGUCUCCCAGAGAGGUGUUGUAUUUUUCAGAAAUCAAGACAUCAAUAUUGAAGACCAGAAAAUCUUGGGGCAGAAGCUGGGAGAAUUGACGGGCAAACCGGCAACAAGCAAGCUGCACAAGCAUGCUUUGAGCAACAGCAAGAGAGGUAUUGCCGUAGAUGAGAACGGGAAGCUCGAUGAUGAAGUUUCAGUAAUCUCAUCCGAUCAGCAAAGAAAGCUGUAUCAUAACCUAUUCGGCAGUUCAAAGAAGCUUGCCAGUGAAGGAUGGCACGCCGACAUCACUUUUGAACGGGUUCCAUCUGAUUAUGCUAUUCUGAAAAUCACCAAGACACCAGAAGAUGUUGGAGGAGACACACUGUGGGCAUCUGGCUACGAGGCAUUCGAUCGUCUCUCGCCAGUGUGGCAGCGCUUUGCUGAGGGGCUGACGGCUACCCAUUACCAACCAAACUUCAACAAAGUGGCUGCGGAGCACAGUCUUGAGCUUCUCGAUCAGGACCGUGGCGCUCCUGAAAACAAGGGACUUGACUUUGCGGCAUCACACCCGGUCGUGCGUACAAAUCCCGUCACGGGAUGGAAGAGCCUUUUCGGUACCGGUCAUCAAGUCCACGCUGGCUGGGUGGACAAUGUGACUGAGACGGAGAGCGAAGUGAUCAAAGCAUAUUUCCUCAAACUUAUUACCGAGAACCACGACCUGCAAGUUAGAUUCAAAUGGAAUAAGAAUGAUCUUGCGAUUUGGGACAAUCGCUCCGUUUUCCAUACCGCCACAAACGAUUACGAAGGCAAGCGUCAGGGCAAUAGAGUUGUAUCGCUGGGAGAGAAGCCUUUUUACAACCCUGCUUCGAAGUCUCGUCGUGAAGCACUUUUUGGUGGUAACUAG